ACCGCCUUCAUCGCUCGUCGCCGUCCCAGGGUCGAUGGCGCACCGCGGGCGAGCACAUCAGGCGAGGUGGCUCCCGCCAGCUGGCGCCGCCGGGCCGAGCGGAGGAACACAGGAGGAAUUGCUCGCCGACCUCGUCUCGCUCCUCUCGGGCGACGUCGACGCGGACCUGCCGCUGAGCGAGCUUUGCCGCUGCCGUUGGACGAAGCCGCUGCCUUCCACGCCGCUCGGCCUGGUGCUCACCGCGUCGCCCGACGGCGGCAUGGCGACUGUCGCCUCGAUCGAGCCCGGAUCGCUCGCCAGCACCUCGUCUGAGCUCCGGCCGGGCGCGCGCCUCGUCGCCCUCGCCGGCGGCGGCCGUCGGCUCUCGCGCCCGACGCCGCAGCAGGCCUGCGACUUCCUCUGCUCGGCAAAGGAGGACGUGGAGGCCGUGUUCUCACCGCUCAUCGACCGGAACGGCUUCAUCGUCACCCCGGAGCAGCUCGCGACCCGCACGCCCAGCCGCUCGGACGCGCUCCGAGAGUCCGCCGACGUCCGAAAGUGGCAGAAGCGUGUCGGCUCGGCCAAGGCGUGGCGCGCGUUUUCGCAGUCGAGGCCCGAACGGUACAAGGAGAAGGUCCGCCGCGGCGUGCCGGCUGCCGUGCGGGGGCGCGUCUGGAUGGCGAUGGCGGCGGCGCGAGCGCCACCGGGCUUCCGUGUGGACGGGCUGUAUGCGACGCUGUGCGCGAGCCGGGCUGAAGAGGGCGGCCGCUGCUUCGAGCAGAUCGCCAAGGACGUGCCGCGCACGAUGGGCGGGCACAUCUACUUUCGGCGCGGCCGCGGCGACGGGCAGGCGGCACUCGGCCGCGUCCUCCGCGCGUACGCGAGCCACAACCGCGCGCUCGGCUACACGCAGGGCAUGUCCUCCUAUGCGGCGGUGCUUCUGCUGCACCUCGCGGAGGAGGACGCCUUCUGGGUGCUGGCCACGCUGCUGGACGUGUGCGGCUUGGCGCGCCUCUUCGAGGACGGCUUCCCGCUGCUGCACCACUGCUACGACUGCUGGGAGGCGCUGCUGCGCAAGCGGAUGCCGCUCCUCGCCGCCCACAUCGACGGCGCCCGAGAUCGCCCGAGAUUGCGCGAGAUUGCACGAGGCCUCUACGCGACGGCGUGGUUCCAGACGAUGUGUGUCGGCGGCGCGCACCCGGCGCCGGGCGACCUGGCCCCGCGCAUCAUGGACAACCUCUUGCUCGACGGCCAUCUGGGCAUCGUCUUUGCGCUCGCGCUUGCCGUGUUGCGCGUGGAGGCGCCUGCGAUCAGCGCCUUGCACGGCGAGGCUCUGGUCGACGCGCUCAAGGCGCUGCCGAGCCGCGUCACCAACGACAACGCGCUCUUCGAGGUGGCGUUCGACAUGGCGGUGUCCGCGCGGCACAUCGAGGAGCGCGAGGCGGGGGGCGCGCCGGAGAGCGUGAGAGCGAGCGGGCGGAGGACGCCGACGUAG